CAAGUAAAACUGUGCGUAAAGCGGAUAGUUUCCCUUUGAUGCAGAAGUGAAGUCGUAUAGGACGUUAUGGAGAUGUUGAAAGAGAAAAGGAACUGGAUACGAUAAACUGAGAUGAAGGAGUGAACCGGAUAAAGGAGCGAGGAAAUAAAAUGGCCGAAGAAUAGUUUGAAGGAUUUUUAUUUCCGUCCUUGUCGUCGUGCGGUUUCUGACAACCUGGGUUCCAAGGGAGAACAUUUCCUCGUUCCAGCUCUUGUCUUUACAGUUUCCCUUCUUUUUCUUUUUUGGUUCUAUCAUGGGCAACUGAUGGUCCCUACCUCCAGCCUUGGUAUAUAAAAAGACAACGCCGGAGAAAGAAGAUGGAGAGGACUUUUUUUCUUUUCUACUUUUUGUAUUUUAGGGGGGGGGGAGCUUCCUAGAAGAUUCCGCGUGAGCGAAAUUCCCGAAAACCAUGUGUGUGUAGUUGUGUGUCUCUCGGUUCGUUUCCUGGUGGGCAUUUUCCGUGGGCCCGUGACGCCGCCAAGGAGCGGGGUUGCCGCAGCAGUCUGUUUCCUUGCGUUUCAACGGUGACUCGGUCUUACCUUAUCCUCUUCGUCGAAGCUUUGACUAUUGCCACUUAAUACUCUUCUCUUCUUUUUGUAUAAAGGCCGUACACUCAGCCACACUAUCUGCGUUACUUGAUGGUGGCAGGCAUUCCGUGAACGGGUUCCUUGUGUGUAUUGAUCCCGCGUUUGCACUUGUGCAUGAGAGUGAACCUUUUGAAACGUUUAUUUCCGCGACUAUGGAAAAGUGUAAGUGAGUGUUAUGUGGGCGGGUCGUACGGCCGUCGGCUAGAAGAGCGGGCAGCUGUUCAGAGGUCGUGUCGGGUGGGAAAAAACAGGAAAAAGGGGUGAAACAGAAUGCGAGAGUGAGCGUGAAAGAAGCUGUAUAGUGAGGGAAAUAAAGGCAGGACGAAGAAAAGGAGCGCCGAGUGUCGGCCGUUCAAAAGUUGCUGGCCCACUGCGUCGUCGGUGGCAGUCGGUGACUGGACCUUCUUGUCUUUUGUGUGUCUUUCAACUCGUGGCGGAUUUGACUACGACUUUCUAGUCUCUAGAGAUUCUUGUCGUGUAAUAGGAACUGGACUAGUGGAAAACAUUUGGAAUCCGAUUGAUCCAUCAAACAAGUUGUUGCGUCGUAGCAGUUUGAAACAAAGUAGACAGCAACACCAUGUCUACAAAGAAAGAAAUGGCCAAGAUUGAUCAGAUGGAAGCGGGAUCUAAUAAACCUAAGUCAGCGGACCCCGUCGGCUACAACAUCAACAGAGCAGACCCUGGUGGACCUGGCAUCUGUGCAUUCAUCUUGACACUCUUCUCGUUCCUGCUCAUUCUGGCAACUUUUCCGCUCUCGCUAUGCUUCUCCGUCAAGGUGGUUCAAGAGUACGAACGAGCCGUUAUUUUCCGCUUGGGUCGUCUGCUCAAAGGCGGAGCCCGAGGUCCCGGCAUCUUCUUCAUCGUUCCGUGCAUCGAUACUUACCGCAAAGUUGAUCUUCGUACCGUCUCGUUCGACGUCCCACCGCAAGAGGUCUUGUCGCGUGACUCGGUCACGGUGAGCGUAGACGCCGUAGUCUACUACCGCGUCAAAAACCCCAUCAUGGCCACCAACAACGUCGAGGACUACAGCCACUCGACCCGCUUGCUGGCGGCCACGACACUCCGUAACGUCUUGGGUACGAAAAACUUGGCCGAAAUCCUGUCGGAGCGCGAGACCAUCUCUCAUACAAUGCAGAGCUCGUUGGACGAGGCCACCGACCCUUGGGGUGUUAAAGUCGAACGUGUCGAAAUUAAGGACGUUCGUUUGCCGGUGCAACUGCAACGUGCCAUGGCUGCCGAAGCCGAGGCUGCGCGUGAAGCUCGCGCUAAAGUCAUUGCCGCCGAGGGAGAACAGAAAGCCUCACGUGCUCUGAGGGAUGCCGCUGAAGUCAUUGCCGAAUCGCCGGCCGCUCUUCAGUUGCGCUACCUGCAAACGCUCAACACCAUCUCGGCCGAGAAGAACUCGACCAUCAUAUUUCCGUUGCCGAUCGACAUUUUGAAACAUUUCAUUAAACCCGGCAAGGUCGACAAAUACGACCUAUGAGCGGGGAGAAGGAGUUCCGGCCACGUCAAAGACAGAUUUGCAAUCGACAUAACUUUUUCGGUCAAAGUAUAACGACCGUACUGCCCAAUAAUCAUUGUAAAGCUAAAAAGAAGAAGAAGAAAAUAGGAACAGCAUGUUGUGUAUCAUUAAAUUUCAGAAAUGCCAUCAGCAUAUACAAACUCACGAGAAAAUUUAUCCAACGCGAGCCAUCACAUACACACAUAAUCCGCGCAUAGACGGCGAAUCGUGACACACGCUAUACAAGAAUCAACUGAAUACAUUUUUUUCUGCCACUGACGAAUAAAAAUAUUUAACCGAAAAACAAAAUGAAAAAAAAAAUGAAAAAACACGAUUUUUUUUAAUAAUAAAAAACAAAACAAAAUACCGACGAAAGGAUUUAUAAUCAAAUAGCGGCCCACCUGAAUUCCCUCCGCCGUCAUUUCAUUAUUUUAUUCUAAUAUAUCCCCUCCCCUUCACUCGAAUUUUAUUAACCGGAUCUUUUUAUUUUUUGUUUCUUCUUCUUUUCUCGUUUGAUUCGAUGAAUUUGCGUUUCUUCGUUCAAGAAAUCCGUGGCAAAAAUUUUCAAUAAGAAUAUGAACUGGCAUAUCUGGCCAUUUCAUCAUCCAUAACCCUCCGCGCUACAAAAAUUUGUACAAUUUUGUACAAGUGUGUUUGGCUAAUUUCAUUAUAAAUGACAUCAACAAAUUUUGAUUGUUUUCGAAUAAAUUUUAAGCACGAAUUGGGUUUAUAUAAAUAUUACUAUUUAAUAACUGUCAUCAUCCCCAUCAUCAUCGGUAACUCUUUAUAAUAAUAAGAAAAAUCACUUUUAAUGCUUCAUCCAUGGUUGGGAGAGGGGGAGGGGAUAGUUGUCCAAAUGUAACAUCCCUUCCCUCAUCUCUACGUAUAUUUUUGUUCCCCUCCAUUCCUCUCGUCUGUGUCUCUCGUCUUAUUCCUUUCAUCUUCUUGUUCUCUUUUGUGUACGUCUGGUGCUUGAGAAAAGAACGAUGAUUAACAUCGGUGCUGCUGCUGCUGGGUUUUAUUCAUCACUGUGUAAACCUCUUCUUGGUCCCAAAUCACGGCAGAUUUUCUUUUGAUUCCUCCAUCUUUUUUCUUGAUGGCGGAGUGACUUAUAUUACAUAACUACAUUCUAUAAUACACUAGUCUUAAUACAUUACAUCUCUGUUCGGCCCCCCGCCCACUUUGAAUCCCCCUUUUUUUUCUUUUUGAUGAGAUAAGAAAUAACCCCAAAAAUCUUCUUUUGGAAUUCUGUUAUUUAUUAUUAGGUAUUUCUCUCCAAAAAAAGUUGAUUAUUAUUAAACAUCAUCAUUAUCAUUGUUAUUAUUACUUAUCUGUUAAUACACGAUUGCAACAAUCACGUGAGAAACGGA